UCAAAGCCACCAUUUUUGCUUUAAAAUUUAUUUACUUGGUAAAAAAAAUCUCAUUGCUGUCUGCGGGUACGCAAAUUAAAGAGAAAUGUUUACGCUUUCAAACAGUAUAAAUGAAAGUUCAACUAAAAAGAGUAAACCUGUCGACACGAUUUGACGUGAGGAAAUAACAGCUGUUAUAACCUGUGUGAUUUCGAUCGCACUGAAAAAAGUUUCUGUCGAGAAGAAAAUUGAUCAGAUUUAAAGAUAUGCAGGAGCAAGACAUUCCAAUCGACAUAAAUACUGGGAAAUUAUUGGACUGGUUGAUUAACCGGAGACACUGCAAGAAAGAUUGGCAUACAAAUGUCUUGACUAUUAGAGAAAAAAUUAAUAAUGCAAUACAAGAUAUGCCUGCUCAUGAUGGCAUUGCUUUGUUGCUAUCUGGUGCAUAUAUAAACUAUUUUUAUUGUGUCAAGAUUGUAGAAAUUCUAAAGGAAACAGAAGCAGAUACGAGGAAUUUAUUUGGGCGGUAUGGUUCGCAGAGAAUGAAAGACUGGCAAGAGAUUUUACGACUGUAUGAGAAAGAUAAUGUCUGUCUUGCUGAAGCUGCGCAAAUGCUCAUGAGAAAUGUGAAUUAUGAGGUUCCCAGUAUUAAGAAACAGAUACAAAAGUUGGAGCAAUCAUUAACUGAUUUAGAGAAAAAGGAAAUGGAGUAUAAAAAGUCGGAAAAUAUGGCGCAUGCAGAAUAUAACGCACUGUGUAGACAAUUGGGUAUAAGUAGCUAUAGCACAGCUAGAAAAGAACUAAUAGAAAAAGUGGUAGAAUUACCGGGAAUUUACCAGAGUGUAGCAGCAAAGACAAAGGGCUUGGACAAAGUUGUAGAGUUUUACAGUGCGUUUGUCGAAUUUACUCUUGGCCGGCAAUAUGACAGUAACUGCGUGUCAAUGAUCAAAUAUAUAAUUGAGAAAGGAAACACUACGACGUAUGAAUAUACUUAUGGAGAAGCGCCAGUGUCAAUAGUGGAGCCGGUAAUAAAUAUUAAAACGGAUAAAGACGAAAAUAACGGGACAAUUAGCACGAAUGUGGAUACAAAUGCUAUUGACUUUGGUGACUUGGAUCUGAACGAAGAGAUCGAUUUUGAUGAAGAAAUUAACCUAGAGACAGCGGAAGGUGAUAUUGAUUGGGGAAACGAAAGUACAGAACAACCUGUCGCGGAGGAAAUAGAUUACGAUAUCUCUUUGGAGGAAUCGGGUAUUGUGGUCGAGACAGUUGGUCAUGAAGGUGGCGUAGCUACAGGAUGUGAAGCACACACGAUAUUGGACAAUCCUGCGACUAGAGUCGAAUUUAUCAAUCAGUUAUUCGAGUUGGAGGCGUUCAUGAAGUUACGUCUGUACGAAUUUAAAGGGGACGACAGAAAGAAUCUGCUGAGCUUCAGUCAAAUGCAGGACGCCUCCUCGAUUCUGCAACUAUCUACCACGGAGAGCACUCAAAAUAUGCUUGACAGCAUCCAAGUUGUCCUUUCUGAAAUAUUACACAAUGACGUUCAUCAUUUACAUAACAUCAAACAUUAUCCAAGAUACGUAGACGUGGUGGUUGGCGGUUUAAAGCAGAAAUUGAACCUGAUCGACAGAAUGGUGAUCCAACAAGAAUCUAUGCGGCAGAAACAGGAAGACGCGCAGAAUCAAAUUGACAAAUUACGUCCGUUGUUGAAACUCGUCGUGCAAAGAACUAAGGAAUUGCAAACAGAGAUAGAACAAGACAUUUCAAGGAGAUACAAGGAUAGAACGGUGCACUUGACUGGAGGUGUAAAUACAUUGUAAAUAUUAGGCAAGUUGAUUGUCCAAUUGAUUAAAUGAAGGAUGCGUUUAAUGUGUAUGACUCUUUGAUUAAAACAGUAUGAGCAAAG